GCCGCCAGCCUCUAGUUUGUUAAUAAAUCCAUUUCAAUAUUCAUAAAUGACUGAAUUGAUGUGGUCAAGAAGAACAGACAAUAAGAGGAAUAAGCAAUAACAGAAGCUUUGGAUUGAUAUGGGGUGACCUUUGCCCCCAAACAUGACAGUGUGCCUCGCUGUCUGCUUGAACAUAAUCACAGGUCAAAGUCUGCUCCCUGGCUCGCAGGGCCACUAGGAUCGCUGUGUGUUUGUCACCGUCUGAGCUCUCCUCACCCUCUACACAACACCUGGCCUUGGAUUGUCACCAGCUCAACACCAUGCUGCUUCGGCCUGUACUUCUGCUCUUCCUCUGUGUGUCCUCGGGCAUUUGUGCCACUUUAGGCCACUACCAGACUCCGCCAGCAGACGAGCGGGACUCCGAUGCUGUUACUGCUGCUGUUGUAGCAGCUGAAGGAGCUGCAGCUCCUGCAGAUACCCAACAAGGCGGUUCACCUGCAGUUGAGGAACCUGCAGCCGACUCCUCUCUUGGGGGCAAUGAGUUGGCCGAAACGCCGUCGGUGGAGAACCUUUCAGCUGAAAAAACGAAAGCGGAGGUCCCGGUGGGAGGUGGUGCAACGGCCGACGAGCCAGAGGCAGACAGGGAAAUGCCUGCUGGAGACCCCCAUGCUGUGGAAGCUCCUACAGGUGAAGCCGUCACCCAGGAGCAACGGCCUUCUCCUGGGGCGCAGGAGGAAAAUGACAUCGGACCGGUCCAGACAAACAAACCCUCGGCACAAGAAGACGAUAACAGCUGGAGCCUCAACUCAAUUAGAAAUAGUUUCCAGAGUAUGCACGGAUACUUUGAGUCGUUGGUGGAGCUGACGGGGGGACACGAUGGUGUGUGUCAGUAUCGCUGCAGACACGGCGAAACUCCUCAAAACCGUCCCGGCUACCAGCUCCAAGAGCCCAAUGGCUGCAGCUCCUCUCUGGUGGGAUUGCAGCUUGACCUCGGGAUCCCGGCUAUGACCAACUGCUGCAACCAGCUCGACGUGUGCUACGACACCUGCGGCACGAGCAAGGACCGCUGCGACUCGGAGUUCCGCUUGUGUCUGCACGGCAUCUGCGGCGACCUCAAGAAGAGUCUGGGUUUCGUGUCGAAGGUGCAAGCCUGCGAGUCAAUGGCAGACGUUCUCCACAGCACAGUGGGGGCGCUGGGCUGCAGGCCUUACAUGAACAGCCAGAGGGCAGCGUGUGUCUGCGAGGGAGAGGAGAGAGAUGAACUGUGACCAUCACAAAGUCCG